GACCAGGCUGUACAUCUGAUUCAAGCAGGUAGGCAGAUUAUAAAGGCUAGGUCUUCUCAGAAUCAAUGAACUUCAUGGGAGUAUUGGAGAGAAAAAAAAUCGAAUUUACCUGUCGUUUUCUUUUGUAGCCUAGUCUGUGUCACUGUAAAAUAUCGGUCACGAUAACGACAUGAUGGGGCAAGUGAGUUUGAGAAUAAUGCCGUGACAGCUAACGCGAGAGGUAAUCGAUUCUAGCUGCGUAAAACUGUGUAAAAGUAUUAAUCUAAUUGAGAGAGAGAGCGAAAGAGACGGAGACAGAGAUGGGGGAGCAGUCUAUAGCCGUUGACCACCCGCCUCCGUCCAUAUAGACUUCGAGAACUCAGUGAACAGCAGCAUCAUUCAAUGUUCUCUUCUCGUGCUGUCUCUCAAGCUCACAUCCAUUCUCCCGCUCUUUGCUCGCGCAGAUGUCGACCUAAAGACCAGUCAACUCCAUCUCUCGUCACACAAUUGCCCUUUCUAUGUAAUUGAUCGACGUUUAUUUCACAUGAAAUUAGAAAGAUCCUGAAAACCGCUGGGCGCAAAAAGACCAAUGAUCUUUUUGGGAAUAAGAUAAACUAGUCAACCAUUUUUCCAUCUCUUUUUGGGUGCGUAGUUGGUUUGACUAGAGCAACAGUAUGGAUCUCUCAUUUAUGGCUGCACAGAUCCCAGUCAUGACAGGGGCCUUCAUGGACUCCUCACCCAAUGAUAACUACAGUGCCGACCACUCGCUCUUCAACUCCUCGGCCAGCGUCCACGCUGCCUCUGCGGCUGCCUCAGCCCAGGCCCAGCAGGAUGACCAGUCCUCGUCCAGUGAUGCCAUCUGGCUCUGGAUUGCCAUCAUCGCUACUAUCGGCAACAUUGUGGUGGUGGGAGUGGUCUACGCAUUCACCUUCUGAUCCACCUCUCCUUGACGCCCACCUAGCCAAAAAUUAGAGAGCCUCCCCAUGGGGGAACGUGAUAAAAGGCAAAGGACAAAUAUCACAUACUGAAUUAUCAAAGGGUUCUGGGAUGCUGAGUAUAGUGUGGGGGUUCUAUAGUUGAACCUUCAGCAUCAUUCACUUUCAAUAGAAAAAUCCUAAAGUUUCAGGACAUGAACAGUAUACACAGUACGCAAGUUCAACUGGAGGCAGAAGGGUAUUUUCAACUUUAGUUGCCUAAUUUUCAGUGGACAUCAUGCUCCUGAAUGUUGUUGUGUUGCAUUGUGGGGCUGAAGGGGCUUACAGAUACAUACAAGGUGAACUGGACCAUCUUAAAAUGUCCCCCAGAUAGAAGAGAGGCAAUUAAGAGGAGUGCUGCUUAAUUAUUGGGAUGAACAGAGACGUGACUCUUAAAACAUUUAUGGGACUCUGGGAUUACUUCUGCAUUAGCCAUGUGCUCAGCUUCUUACAGCCUGUUAUCUGUUCUGCCAAAGGAAGGCUCAAAGUAUUAGCUUUCCUUUAUAAUAUCGACAGAAAAUGGACCAACGGACACUGGCUUUAAUGAAACAUUCCUGCAUCAUCCUUUUGGAUCCGCCAACUGUUAUUGCUUCUUAGUUUCUUUAGCAAUGCCACACCCGUUUAUGGUCCAAUAAAGACAAUCACUCACCGUCUAAUUUACUCUGAUCACAACAGAAAAUUCUUAGUCUGAAACAUUAUUUAUUACACUAAACCAUACAUCUAUAAAAGACAUUUCACUUUUUUACAACAAACCUCAGUAUACAACCGAGGCAGACUUGAAAGAUAUAAGCACAGUUUACAUGAGCAGGAAAAAUACUGUACAGCUUUAUUUUGUCAAAUCUUAAUUGUUAUUUAGCUACCUUCUUUGGAGUCUUUCCUUCAAGUUUCCUUCAAGCUGGGUUCUUUACAUUCAGAACUGUUCAGUGAAAUAGCUUUGUGCUGCGGUAUGUCCAAAAACAGUUACAAUGGCGAUUAGUCCACGUCCCUUAAUUGAGAAUGUUAACAGGCUCUUUUCAAGACGCGAGCGAGGCCCCUGGUGUCACCACAACACACAUUCUAGUGUACAUAGAUGUCAGGGAGAUAAUUUCUUUAGGUUAUCACAGUGACAGUUCUAUGAGUUUGUAUCAAAAUGAUUGACUGAUUUCUGUCUAGAACGGAACUGAAAAGAACAUACAAUACCCACGAAAUGAUGAUGGAGAUUGCUUGGUAAAUGUGAUGGUUUGAUAAAAACAUGCUCAAUCUCAGCCUCUAAGCUUUCUGUUCCGCUGAGAAGAGCUGAUACAGGAAAGAGUCGCUCCUUUCUUGAUUUUCUUGUCUUCUUUCAAGGAGACGGUUGUUCUUGAAUGUUGUCUGGCUUGCCUCAUAAGCUGUAAGUGUAAUUAUCUGAGCGACAGUAAUAAACAUCUAUUUCAGCCAAGUUCUCUAUUAUAGCCAGUGAGUUAUAUCAGCCACAUUAUCUAAUGAAUUAUGAAUAACAUUUGGAUGCUGAAGUGAAUAGCCAUUUCCUUGUGUAUACAUCCCCCACUCUUGAACUGAUGCAGAAUGUCAACCCACUGUGCACAGACGUCAUUGAAACUAAAACAACGUUGAUUCAACCAGUGUGUGCCCAGUGGGAAAAUGUAUUCCAUCAACCUUUUUGACAUGUUUAUGUAACAUGAUAUAUUAUUUUAAGCUACAGGGCAUCACAUAGUGUUAUCGAUAACCUAUUUAAGGAUCUGGGUAGGGGCUGUUAGUAUUCAAUUAUAUUUCUUAUGUGAUCUUGAUAAAAUAAGACUUUGUAGUAAGACUAUCUACUGUAAAAGGUUGUAGAGGGUUUCUCAUGUCAUGGUAUACACUACAUAUUAGUAUUUCUACAACAUACGCAAAGAACUUACUUACAUUAUCCAACUAUGAUAGAACUUCCAACAAAUUGUAAUAUUUAAAUCCCCAAAUUAGGAGGUAAUAAUAUAAUGUUGAGAUAAGGUCUUCCAAAGACCGUUAUUUUAUUUUAUAAUAAGAGGUGAAUGUGUGAGUGUUUAGCAAUGUUGUAAUUCACAUAAAUUACACAAUGUUAUUUUUUGUAAGAACAUCUAUUACUAUUAAAGUUUCAGGAUUGCUGUA